AUGGUUAUCUGGUUCUUUGAGAACAGCCAGUUUGUGGAUGCUUGGGUCCCAUUCGACAGAGAGAAUCAAAAGAAACUCGAGUUUGUAUACCGACAUCAUGAUGAACUCCUUGCCGACUUGUGCCUUGAAAAGGAUAUUCGAUCUGUAACACCUCGGUUCGAAGUUGAUAAAGAUGAAGAAGACGAGAGUGCCUAUGAGGAUCUUCAAUAUACCCAUCACUGCAUUUCGGUUGUCCUACGUGACUCGCACUUUGAAGAAGCCAUUACGCUCUACCCGGCCAUGCUAUUGGGCUGCUUACCUAGUAGAGAUAUAUUAAUAGCGCGGGCAGAAAGAAUGGAUCAUGUAUCGAAUAACAAAAUAAAUAUUUAG